CGUUCCAUCUCUCUCUUUGCCUCAGUCUCCUCUCAUCAGCGAUUGCUUCGGCUCUCAACCUCAGUGGAUCUCUCUCGCUCAUCACCGGCGUCGAUCUCCACCAUCUCCUCUCAUAAAUCUUUACCAGAGUUUUUGGGAUUGAGUUCAUUUUGGGCACUUUUGAUUUCAAAGCAGAAUCAUUAGCAAGGAUUUGGUAUUUGCAAUUUGAGCACUCCUCCAAGAUCCAAACAGAGUGUAGACUUUGAAGAAGAAAUAGAAGCACUAUUAAGGGAAGAAAGAUUAUCUGAUUGGAGUCUCUCCAGAAAGAAGGAAAGAGAGAUGAAUAGCUCAUCACCGGCGAAUUCGUCGAUUUCCACAACAGCAACUGUCGGUGGUGGUGGAGGCAGCAGCAAUGCUGCUCUGUCCACUGACGAAUUCUACUUCCCUUCUGAUCUUAUUUCCAUUCAAGACCGCAAAGAUGAAGCCAUGCUUGUUAUAAAAGCAGAUCUAAUGGCUGCACUUAACAAAGAGGUGAAGUCUUUAGAUGAAGAUAACUGGAUGUUUGAAGGACCCGUCUCUCGAAUCAACCUUAUAUCAAGAAAAGGUGGCUUUCUCCAAAAGCGAACCGAGAUCUCAAAUGUUAAGAAUUUGCCUCCAACAAAAUGAUGAUUGUGUAAUUCAACUUAGAAGAAGAGGUUUGCUUGUUCACUCUGUUUAUAGGAUAUGCUUCUUUUGGGUAUGUUUAUUUGGUGAAGAUUUAUAUAUGUGUGUGUAAGUUAUAAAACACCAAUUCUAACAAUGUUGUUGAACUCUCUCAAAUGUUUAUAGUCGAAUGAGAUAAUUUAGCUUAGCAAAGA